GCACAAAUAUUCAAUACUCUUUUAUAUAAGUCAACACAAAUUCGAUCAUAAUACUUGAAUCCACUAUAUAUAAAUAGGAGUGUACGUAGGAGGGAAAUGGUGAACACAAGAUUCAAGACACCCAACAUGAAGACCAUUCUUAUUAUUGGCAUUCUCUUGGCUUCCAUUCUUUUCUCUCCCUCUUCAAUUAACGCUCGAGAAUUGGCUGAUCAGAGUGGUGAUCAUCGAAAGAGUUUAUCACUUGAUGUGUCGACGAAGAUAGUACCAGGAGUAGUAGAAGGCAGCUCUGAAGGUCUGAACAUUAGUAGCAACAAAAUAGUUUCCUUUCGGAGCCUACGAGAAGGAGGUACAUCGGGUCCACCUUCACCCCGCCUAAACGUAGAACCAUCCCCUGGCGGGGGCCAUUAGAUUGUUCAUUGUUGUUUGUUUUUUCAGUUCCAAUUGACAUCCAAAGAGCAAGUCCUAUUCCUUUCCGAAUUUGGACCAAUUUACUUUUUGUUUGUAUUCUAGUUUAUGCAUCUAUCUUGAAUAAGUAGAUCAGUGUACGUACGUACUCCUUAAUUUUAUUCAAGCGAGCAUGCAGUUCGUUCAAUACAAGUAAUAUUGAUCAGUUUUUGCUUGUU